AAACUUGCUCUUUAUUUUAAAGCAGAACUUGAAAAUGUUACAGACGUUGGACCAAGCAACGAAGCAUAUGAAUGGCACUUUAAGUUUGAUAAUAAAUCUAUUAAACCAUAUACCAAUGAAAAUAGUGGACAAUUUUCUCAGAUGGCAAUUAUUGAGUGCAGAGGAUUAGAAUUUGUUGAUUUUGAUCCAAGGACUGGUUUUAAAGCUAAAGGUGCUGAAAGCAAAACGAUUUUUGACGACAUUGAUUUAACGUCGAAACAAGAUUGGGCAGAAUAUGAUGAAGAGGCAGGAGUUCCUGUUGGGAUUUCCGAG